GGCAGCAGAGCCGGCCUUUGCAGCCCUGGCUGGGGCUCAGCGCGGCGCUGCCCCCUCCCCUCGGACAGCGGAGGCGGGUUGGUUUGAAAGGGAGGCGGCGGCUGCCAUGUAAGCGGCUCGGGCGGGCGGUAGUAGGAGGCGCCGUUGGGAGCCGGGCGGGUAGCACCGUGGGCAGGGGGCGGGCGUGCCCGUCCCAGCAGCCAUGAGCGCGGCAGGCGGGCGGUGGCCGGCAGGGGCGAGGCGCUGAGGGCCCGGCCGGAGGCUCCCCGGCCCCCGCCCAUGGCCUUCAUGAUGAUGAUGAAGAAGAAGAAGUUCAAGUUCCGCGUGGAGCUGGAGCUGGACGAGCUCUCGUCCGUGCCCUUCGUCAAUGGCAUCCUCUUCUGCAAGGUGCGGCUGCUGGACGGCGGCAGCUUCAGCGGGGAGUCCUCCCGAGAGGUCGUGCAGGCAAACUCUGUUCACUGGAAGAAGAAGUUCUUAUUUAUGUGUAAAAUGAGUGCCAGUGCCACUACAGGCAUUCUGGAUCCUUGCAUCUGCAGAGUAUCUGUACGGAAGGAGUUAAAAGGUGGAAAGGCAUACGCAAAGCUGGGCUUUGCAGACCUAAACCUUGCAGAGUUUGCUGGAUCGGGAAAUACCACUCGUCGCUGUUUACUGGAAGGUUAUGAUACCAAAAAUACUAGACAGGAUAAUUCCAUUCUCAAAGUAUUGAUCAGCAUGCAGCUAAUGUCCGGAGACCCAUGUUUUAAAACGCCUCCUUCCACAGGAAUGUUCAUCACAAUUGCUGGAGAAGCAGAAUCUUUACAUGAAGACAGGAAAGGUGGAGAGAACUUGAAAGUGGUACAUCUGGGUGUAUCAGAUCUCUCAGCAAAGAGUGCGUCAGUCCCAGAUGAACUUGGUGCAUGUGGACAUUCCAGAACAUCAAGCUAUGCAAGCCAGCAAUCAAAAUUGUCAGGAUAUAGCACAUGUCACUCCAGAUCAUCCAGUUUUUCUGAUCUCAGCCAUAGGAGAAACACCUCAGUGGGAAGUACGUCUACAGGAAUUGGAAGUAUUCUGGAGCCAUGUGAAGAGACUGAACCAAAAAUAACUGAUGAUGAUAAUUUUGAUACUCCUGUUAAAGAUAUAUCUUCAGAAAAACUCAGCAGAAUCUCUAAAUGUAUUUAUCCUAACAGGCAUCCAGUGAAGCAAGACUCUGUAGAGUCACAAUUGAAGCGGGUUGAUGCCACCAGAGUAGAUGCAGAUGAUAUUGUUGAAAAAAUAUUGCAGAGUCAAGACUUCAGUUUAGACUCCAGUGCAGAAGAAGAAGGGCUGAGAUUAUUUGUGGGCCCUGGCGGGAGUACUUCUUUUGGAAGUCAUCAUCUACCCAAUAGGGUAGGAUCCGGAGCAUAUGAACAAGUGGUGAUUAAACGCUAGAACAGCAGGACUUGAACAGAAGAACAGUUGUAGAGUUCUUCCAUGGAUAAUUAAGAUGUGUUCAUUUAAUCCCAACAGUUAUCAAAGUUGAUGUGAUGAGACAGACUCUUUCAAGAGGCCAACUCACAUUUGGUCUGAACUGUCUGAGUACCUCCUGCUCAUAAAAGAUCCUUCAUGUCUACAGUGCUAUAAAGGCAAUUUUUAGUAUCUAUGCCUUGUACAAGUAUAUAACCAUUGUUGUGACUGUUACCUGAUGUUAGUGGAUUACUGGCUUUUGUAACUACGUGUAAAACAUCUUGUGGAAACCUGAUAUAUGGUGUCUAUUUGAACAUAGUUUUAUAUAGAAGUUCAUUAGUGAUGAUGUGCUCUGUUUGCAACUUGGCUUUCAGAAGAAACCCCUUAGAAGAAGAUUAGUCUUAAAUUAAUCUAGUUCAAAACUUAAAUUCUACUAUUAGAAAUAAUUCUUCAUAAGUAACUUUUAAAAUAUUACUUGCCAUUCAAUGCUAUAAUAGCUAAUUCCUUCUAUCAGGCCAUAAUUAAUAUAAAAUGGGGAUUAAUGCUUCCAAGAAAACAACUGAGUUGUGCUUUAAGAUGCCAUAUUAUCUGCUUCAGUAAUAUUAAACUUGUAAAUGCAUUGAGCAUAAUUAACUGUAAGGUUGAGUAGCAGAUGGUAGAGACAAAUAUAUAAAAGCAAAAUACAAGUGACUAGGUCUAAUAACAUCAAACAAUGUAUGUUGCUACUUGUAAAUAAAAUCUGGUGGCUUUAAAGUGCAUCAGUAUGACUUCUGGCCCUAUGUAAAUGACAAAAUUAUAUUUACAAUUUCACAUCAGAAUUACGAAAUCACAGUAAAGCACUCAACAAGCUGGUCUUGUAUGCCUGAGGAUAGUAUGAUUUUAUGGUUUGGGAUAUAAAACUUUUUAAUCUCUGUAAGUGAGAUUCAGCUGUCUAAACAAAAAGUAAAGCUUCUUUCAAAUGUGAUUUCAGUUACGCAUGAACUUUAAAGCUCAAUGGAUGAUAGUGUCUGGUGAAAAGUAGUCAGCAGCUUAACACCACUGUGAACACGUUUUUCUAGCUUAACCCUUCACAGUUGGGUAGUAUAUCUCUUACAGCUGAAGGUGCCUUGUUCCUGUGGGUAGGAGAUGGGGAGGGAAGGAUAGAUUACCAAAUGAAGCUUUUAAGAAUAAAUGACCAUCUAGACUGCCUAACUAUUGCCAAUAUAAUUUACUAACAAAAGCACUUUAUGUAGUAUACAUGCACUCUGCAGUCUGAAAAAUCAAUCUCUGGGCAAAGGCCUCACCUUUUUUGUGUAGAAUCACUAACAGCUUCACUAUCUGUCCAUUGUUACACUUUGAGGCAUGAAACAUUUUGACCAAAAUGUACUGUACUUUAACUUGCACAAAUGGAAUGGCUUGGUCUAAAAUGUAUUAGUUUUAGCAAAAGGUGAGAAUUAAAGAUCUUUUCACAAAAGAAUUGUUUUGCUGACAGCUGUAAAAGUAUUUGCUUAUUUUUUUAAAAAAGAUUUCUGGUGGGAUGACAAUCUAACAGUUGAGGUUUAGAUGUACUAAGCCUAAUGUUUAGAUGUAUUUUAGUACUAAAUUGCAGUAGAAAACCUAGUUUUCUAAAAAUUAGCCAUACGGUUUACCAAUGUGAUCAGAUAAGUUUGAAUGAAUCAAAACAAUAUUGUGGCCAUUUUUUUCCCUUAACACUCUGAAGGUUUCAAAUUCUUCUCUCAAUCAAUUGGGUAUUUGGGUUCCUUUUCUGGAAGUAAACUUUGAAGUCUUAAUUCUUAAGCUGUAUAAAGAAAACUUUGUGUUUUACAUGGGUUUUUAAUAGGUUUUACUUUUUCCUAAGUGUGUAUAGUAUAAACUGUUCAUUAUUGAACUCAAUGUUUUAUUUAUAUUAGCUUAAAGGAAACAGAGUUCAAAUUUUGUUGAAUACUGUUAGAUAAGAGCUAUUCCUUCUUAAUUAUGGUAUUUAAAAGGAGUAUUUUUCUAUUUCCCAUUGCUUGUGUAAUUUUUUUUAUUUGGACUGUUCUAAUGGGUAAAAUGUAUUAAAUACAACUUGUUUGUAAUAACUGAAGUUAGUGAGAUUGUGGAGGAGAUGACAAAAUGCUUACAAGAAAUGUAAAAAUGAUCCUUUCAUUAAAAAGUUGCCAUUAGUGUGUGUUUA